UAAUAUUAAAAUGUAUUAAAUUUAAAAAAAAAAUAAUAAUUCAUUAAUUGUCAUAACGCCAUUUAAAUAUAAUGGGAAAUGUUGAAAUGACUUGUAUAUGUUCGUCAAUCUUGAAUAUCAUUAGAUAGUGUUUGAAAAAAUAUUUGUGCAAAUAAUUCGACGAAUAUUUAUUUUUAACAAAUAAUGACAAUUAUCUCUACUGGUUUUAUGGCUUUACAAAUGAUGUCAGCUAUGGUACCAGGUACAAACAAUGUUACAAAUAAUGAUCAAAACAGUCAUCAUACUUUAGAAAGACAGAAAUUACUCGAUGACUUGUUGGAUGCUGCAAAAAAAUGUUAUAUUAGGUUCGGAGGUCGUGCAGAAUUAGCAACAGAAUCAGAUGCAUGUGUCGCUCAACUCUGCUCCAUACUUGAAGCAAUAUUUAGUCAUGGACUGCGCACUAAUUGUAUAGAAAAAGUUAAUUUUGCUUUAAAACACGUUUCCGCUUUGGUAUCUGGUAGCAAUGCUAAAUCUUUGAAUACGAAUGAUGCAGCAUUCUGGCCGUGUAUAAAAGAUCAAUUAACGUGGCAUGAACAAGAACGUUUUAGCAUUUUAAGAAAGGUACGCACCGAUUAUGGCCGUGGCAGAGCAUGGCUAAGAGCCAUUUUAAAUGAGCGCUCUUUGGAACGAAACUUACAUACCGUUAUAAAUCCAGAUAAGUUAUCUUCAUUUUAUGAAGAAUGGGCUUUUUUAUUGGAUCAAGAGAAAUGCGCGGCAUUGCCGAAUGUAGCUGCAGGACUCAGCGCAAUUUUAUUUGCUAUAAGAAUAGAAAACGAAGAAUUGGACAAUAACUUAAAAAUAAAAAAUUCUGAAAACUUGAACGGCGAACAAUCAGAACUUAUCAUAUCUAUAAUGCCAGGCACUCUGAAUGUAAGACAAGGAAAGAUACAAAAAAAAGUACCAACUCAUAUUAUUUCUUUUGACAAUGAUAGUGAAGAACAAGGGGAGUCUUCUGAUGUUAGUAACAGUAUUAAUGAGCGCGGUUUUUUUAAUAAUUCUUCUGUUUUAACAAAACAUUCUUCAUCUCCAUCUAUAUCAGAAGUGCAAUUGGAUCUCGAUGAUUCUAAUGCUGUUGCGAAUAAGAGUUCUACUGAGAGUGAACACAGCGAAUCUCUAGAUGAAAGAAAGAUUUUAACUCCUGUAACAGAUUCUGAUAACUUAGGACUCGUUCUUACAUCACCUUUAGAUCAGACAUUCGAUGAUAUAUUAGUUAGUUUGCCAAAUUAUAUAAAUGAAACAACAGAUAUAACUGAACCCGCAGUAGAAGCGACAGAGCAUCUUGAAAAUUUAGAUAACCAUACAAACACAGAAAAUUUAGAUCCUGAAGCAUUACGGUCGAAAAUUUUGACAAUGGACGAACUUUUAGAACAAGCUAGAGAAGAAGCUAUGACCAGCAGAUUGGUGUUAAAUCGUUUUCAAAGACAGCAUCAAAAUCUUGUCGAAAAACAUCAAUUGCAGUUGCAGACGCUGAACGGGGAGAAUGAACUCUUGAGACAACAAUUACGUAAAUAUGUAACAGCAGUACAAAUGUUAAGAAAGGAAUCAGAUUCCACUUAUGUGAUAGAAAGAGAUGUUUCUCCGACUCGUAACAAUGAAGCGGAACAGUACGAAGCAAAGUUAAUUCAAGUCGCAGAUAUGCACGCAGAAUUAAUGGAAUUCAAUUCGAGAUUAAUUUUACAAUUAGCUAACAGGGACAAAUUGAUCAAAAUUCUGCAAACGGAAUUGGAAUGUCUUCGAGGUCCUUUCAACGAGGAUGAAUUACCGUUGGAAACUCCAUGUUUUAUUCAUAUAUGGAUACCGUCUGUUUUUCUGACAGGGCAGCCUUCUGAUAUUCAUCAUGUAUAUCAAAUAUAUAUACGAAUACGGGAAACCGAAUGGAAUAUUUACAGACGAUAUGCGCAGUUUUAUGAAUUACACAAAGAAUUGAUAAAGCACGAUGCGAUUGUGACUACUUAUGAAUUCCCUCCAAAAAAAACAAUAGGAAAUAAAGAUGCUAAAUUUGUUGAAGAAAGAAGACAAAAAUUACAAGAAUGGUUGAGACGUGUUGUUGGACGAUUGGCUAGAUGUUCUACGUUUUCCUCUAAUCCGAGCAGGCAAACUCUUAUAUCGUUAUUACCAUUUUUUGGCGACAGACCCAAUGCAGAUAAUAAAAUAAAAAAUAAUAUAGCAAAAAAUGCAUUAUCUUCUUCUCCACAAUAUAUGGGCUUAUAAUGAUUGUUUAUAUAGACAUUGUAUAUAGAUAAAUUCUUUAAUUCAAUAAUUAAAUAAAAACACAAGCUGUUUUAUAUAUA